AGAGAGAGAGAGAGAGAGAGAGAGAGAGAGAGAGAGAGAUAAGAGCUCAUAUGCGGCGAGUCUCAUGAUAAAUGUCAUGAAGAAACUGCCUUGCUAUUCUUCUGCCAAUCUCAGCCGCUUCAUUGCUGGCCUUCUCAUCUUCCUUCUCUAUAAUUCUUACCAAUUAGUCGCCAAGAUUCCUAUACACCCUUUUUCUUAAAUCAAUCCCAUCCAAUCCAAUCCGAUCACACCCAACUCCCCGUUUUACUGUUCCAUUAUUCCAAUCCUCUUGUUACCUAUACCAAAUUACCAAUGGACCCCAAAGAUCCGUUCUUUACUGAUUUGAUUGUGGGCUCAGUUUCCUCUCACAUUGAGAGGCAGCACAAUGCAUUAUCAUGGCCUUCUGUUAUUGUUGUUGGCGGUGGCAUAUCAGGUGUUGCAGCUGCUCGUGUUCUCCAUGACGCUUCGUUUAAGGUGACAUUGCUCGAAUCACGCGAUAGACUUGGUGGCCGGAUUCAUACCGAUUACUCGUUUGGUUGUCCAGUAGAUAUGGGAGCAUCAUGGCUACAUGGUGUUUGCAAUGAAAAUCCCUUGGCUCCACUUAUACGUCGUCUAGGACUUACUUUAUAUCGUACUAGCGGCGACAACUCUGUGUUGUAUGAUCAUGAUUUGGAAAGCUUUGCGCUUUUCAAUAUAGACGGCAAACAAGUUCCUCAGCAGAUGGUCGUUGAAGUUGGUGACGUAUUCAAGAGAAUUCUCACCGAGACAGAGAAAGUGAGGAAUGAAAAUACUGAUGACAUGUCUGUUCACCAAGCAAUAUUGAUUGUGUUGGAUAGGCAUCCAGAGCUAAGACAAAAAGGACUCGCUGAAUCAGUGUUGCAAUGGUACAUGUGUCGAAUGGAAGCAUGGUUUGCUGCAGAUGCAGAUAUGAUAUCACUGAAAAACUGGGAUCAGGAGCAUGUUCUCACUGGUGGUCAUGGACUUAUGGUGGAAGGUUAUGAUCCCAUAAUAAAGACUCUUGCAAAAGAUAUCGAUGUGCGAUUGAGUCACAGGGUCACAAAGAUAUCAAAUGGUUGUAAUAGGGUGAUGCUUACAACUGAAGACGGCAGAAUCUUCAUUGCAGAUGCGGUCAUCAUAACUGUACCUCUAGGGGUUCUUAAAGCCAAGUUGAUUGAGUUUGAACCAACCUUACCUGAGUGGAAAAUGUCUGCGAUUUCUGAUCUUGGGGUGGGCAAUGAAAAUAAAAUUGCCUUACGAUUUAAUAAAGUUUUCUGGCCGAAUGUUGAGCUCUUAGGGGUUGUUGCACCUUCUUCUUAUGGAUGCGCUUAUUUUCUUAAUCUUCACAAGACAACGGGGCAACCUGUGCUAGUCUAUAUGUGUGCUGGAAGGUUUGCCUAUGACCUUGAACAAGAAGAUGAUGUUAAAGCUGUUGAAUUUGUGACAGAGCAGCUCAAGAAGAUGUUACCUGAAGCAACUGAUCCAGUUCAAUAUCUUGUAUCACAUUGGGGAACAGACCUGAAUUCCCUUGGAUGUUACUCUUUGGAUUUGGUUGGAAAGCCGGCAGAUAUAUACGAGAGGCUCCGAGCACCCUUGGGUAAUCUUUUCUUUGGAGGGGAAGCUGUUAGCAUGGACCAUCAAGGAUCUGUACAUGGGGCUUAUGCAGCUGGAGUAAUGGCAGCUGAGAACUGUCAGAAUCAUCUAUUGGAGAAACUUGGUAGAUUGGAAAAGUUGCAGCGUGUUUAUGCAGGCGAUGAAGUGCUCGAAGCAAUAGUUCCACUACAAAUCUCAAGGAUUUGAGUCCUUUUUGAAACCCCAAGAACACCCAAAUAGGAUUUUAUCAUUCAAUUUUCAAAUGUUGCUCUCCCUUGUUUUUACUCUUCUAGAUUUAUCAGUGUUAAUCCUCAUUCACAUUUUCACAAUGUUUAGAGCUGUAGCAGAUUUGAAUUUUUUAUCACUGUAGUUGAACAUGGAAGAAACCAGUGUGUUCUCAGUGUGGCCAACAAUGCUGCAUCUUUAUAAGAUUCAAAGUUGCAGUGUCCUCAGGCUUCUAUUUCUGGGCAAUUUCUCUUUAUUUCUUUUGGCAUAGUUCUGUGUCAGCUUCUCUAAGGCCUUAAUUUUCUUUUCUGUAAGAUUGUUUCUCUCAAGUUAUCACCUUAUUUAGUCAUUUUGAUC